AUGGACGGAUCGCACUCGCGAGCGCCUUCGCGAGCGCCCAGCCGGGCGGUUUCGAGAUCGCGGACGGGGGGCAGGCAGGCGGCGAGGCAGGAGUCGAGGCCGCCGCGGAAUGCGGAGGCGGGGUAUAAGCGGUUGAUUGUUGCGUGUGAUGGCACGUGGUUGAAUGCAGACAAUGGGCUUACGAAUGGCAAGCUGUCUAUCCCGAGUAAUGUGACGCGUAUCUCGAGGGCGAUUCGGCCGGUUAGUGUGGAUGGGGUGCCGCAGAUUGUGUAUUAUCAUUUCGGGGUGGGCGCGAAUGGAGGUGCGGUGGGGAGGGUUAUAGGAGCAGGCGCUAUAGGCGAAGGACUGGGAGAGAAUGUCAGGGAAGGAUACUCAUUCUUGUGUAACAACUGGGCGCCUGGGGAUGAGAUCUUCUUGAUAGGCUUCUCAAGAGGUGCCUUCACAGCAAGAAGCAUUGGAGGGCUUGUUGGGCAAAUUGGGCUGCUCACCAAAAAGGCGCUGGGGAGCUUGGCAGAGGUUUUCACGGACGUUCAGCAUAGGCGCGACCCCAAUUACCGCCCGAAGUACCCAGAUGUUCCUUUUCCAGAUAAACCGAGUGCAGAUGAUCCUUAUUAUCGAGAAGAAUUGGGUCGAAGAGGUCUUUCGCGUCUAAAUAUCCCUAUCAAAGCUAUUGCGGUAUGGGAUACCGUCGGGUCUCUCGGAAUGCCACGCAUCCCCAUACUAACACGACUGGGCCUCCAGGGCCAGGAGUCCAAACACAUGGCAUUUUACGACACGAAGCUCUCCAACUGUACUGAAAACGCGUUUCAAGCGCUCGCUCUGGACGAGCGCCGUUCGGCCUUCUCCCCGGCCGUCUGGGAGAAGCCAGAGGGAAACCGCACCACGCUGCGCCAGGUUUGGUUUCCAGGUGUGCAUAGUAAUGUUGGUGGUGGGUAUGAUGACCAGCAGCUGGCGAAUAUCACGCUGGCGUGGAUGAUGGCGCAAUUGGAGCCGUUUCUGGAUAUGCGCAUGCAGUACGUGCUGGAGCAGGAUGAGGAGAAUGAGCUGUAUUAUCGCAAGCAGCGGGAACGGGAUAGGCCAUGGUCAUUUGGCGAACUUUACAACAGCAUGGCUGGCAUCUACGCCUUGGGCGGCGGCACAACCCGCACACCGGGCACUUACUACGCCAUCGACCCCGACACCGGCCGCUCCACCGGCCGUCCACUCCACGACACCCACGAGUACGUGCACCCGUCCGCGCGGACACGCUUACGUCUCGGCGGGCCCGGCGUUGACGAUAAAGGUGUCUACGAGUGCCGUGCGCUGACAGAUAACUGGCGUCUUGUCGUUGACUACAACAACUCCGCCGAUGUCGAAGUCUUCUGGAAACUGAAGAGCAGGGAUAGAAAGGUCAGCACAAGGGUUCUGCCUGAAGCGCCACUGUGGAAAUUAGAAAGAGAGCUCGCGAUGACGGAUCCGAAGACGUACGAUUACGUGAUGAGGCCGCCGGCUACAGGGGCGAAGCGGAGGGGUGGGCGGAGGAGUAGUCCUGUAGGGAGCCCUAUGGUCGAGCACGGUGGUAGGAGGAGCCGCGUGGGGAGCCCCAUGGCGGAGCAUGGGAACGGGCGGAGGAGUCGUGUGCCGAGUCCGAGUGUGGAAUACGGCAAUGGAGUAGUGAUUGAAGAAGCUAGUGCGAUGGGUGUCGUGCGGAAGAAUCGGGAGGGUAGGAGGAGGAGGAGCUUAGAGAAUAUAGGCCCGAGGGGGAGUAGGGCGAGAAGUGUAGAGGGGGAUUCGGACUGGGGGAGGAGAGAGACACCAAGGAGUAGCAAGAGAAUGAGCCAUCUUGGACCUUGA